CAGGCGUGAAGAGCACCAGAGGUUUUUAAUUGUGGUGAUCAUUUUGAUAAUUUCUUUCCUGAGGGUGUGGUACUGGAUAGAAGAUGACUGGCACUACAAAAUUUCCCUGCCUUCUCAUGCCAACAAACACAUCAUUUCUAAUGGUCCACAAACCAUUCCCAUGAACAAAACCAUGCCCGAUAUUGGUAUUGCCCCCCACGAGUGGCGCCAGAUGCUGGAUGCUCUCCGCUGGGCUGGUCCAAGUCAACCAGUUAAAAAUCUGUCCAUGAGCACAAGUCCACCCAACACAUAUUUCUACAUUCCUGGGCUGCAGAAGAGUUACCAAGUAGGGGAGGAACUGUACGUCACAGUGGUUGCAAGAGAUUACCAACAGAACCCUAAGCAGUAUGGAGGUGACUUCUUCCAAGCCAAACUCUUCUCAUCUACACUCAAGGCCAGCGUGUUUGGAGAGGUGACAGACCUCCAGAACGGGUCCUACUCGGUCCGUUUCCUGCUGCCGUGGGCUGGGGAGGCAUGGGUGGCUGUGCGCAUGAUCCACUCCAGCGAGGCGGUGCAAGUCCUAAAAAAGCACCGGGAGUCUGACUCGGACCGCGUCUUCUUCGGCGGCACCUUUGUGGGAGUUGACAGUAACGGAACUGUGCAAACACAGACAAUGGAGUGCAAUGCGAAGUGGGACGGGGCCGGCCUGGAACGCAUCCGGAAAGGCAACUGCUGCUGCGAGUAUCAGGACCCCAGAACAGGGGAGGUGUGGCUGUGCAAGACGCCUAAAACUUUGCCUUGCGAUGCCCUGGUGUAUCACCAUAUGGGGGGGUACAGGAAACAACUUACUCCUUUGGAAGCAAAACUCAUGCAAACGAAACUGACUAAUAUUUGGAUCAAAGGGAAAGAGAGCAAAAUUAUAAUCCUCCCCUCCAAUAAAACUGUAGGUGCAACAGAAAAAUGCAGACGUGGUCUGCAAACACCAGUUCCGGCAGGGUUCUACAUGAGAGAUGUGUGGACCUCUCUUGUGUGUGCCAGUAGCCACUAUAACAGUUUGGCAAUUGCAAAGUGUUUGCAAGACAGACAGAUCUACAUGAUGGGGGACUCCACCAUGAGACAGUGGUUCCAUUAUCUAGAAAAAGCUGUACCCACCAUGAAAAGCUUGAACCUCCACAGCCAGGAACAGGCAGGCCCCCUCAUGGCUGUGGAUGUGGGGAAUAACAUAGUCCUCCGCUGGAGGGCCCACGGCCCACCCUUGCGCAGUCGUAAAUCUCCAAUGGCUGACCUGCAUUACAUCAGCAAUGAGAUCGAUGACCUGGCUGGUGGGCCCCGCACUGUCAUUGUCUUAAACCUGUGGGCACAUUUCACUACCUUCCCGCUGGAGUUCUACGCUCGCCGUGUGGCAAGGAUCCGCCAAUCUGUCCUGGCACUGCUGAAGCGGGCACCUGAAACCAUUGUCAUCAUCAAGUCUGCCAACACCAGUUACAAGGAUGUGAUUGGCAGUGACUGGCUCGCCUGGCAGCUGGACACACUGUUGAGGACAGCCUUCCAAGGGAUUAAUGUGGCAUUCAUAGACGUCUGGCAAAUGACCUCCUGCCACUACAGCCCUGAUGCCAUCCACCCCAACCCAACCAUCAUCCGAAAUGAGAUUGAUAUAGUGCUUUCAUUCGUCUGCCCUGUCUGACU